UGUUCAUUUCAAACGGGAGGGUGUACAAACUUUUGGACUCAAUUGUAGACUGAAAAUUGGCUGUACUGCUAGCGACGACUUGAACAGCUAACCAUGGUACCCCCUGUUCAAGUCUCUCCGCUUAUUAAGACUGCAAGAUGGUCAGCCUUGUUGGUUGGAAUGAUCUAUGGGAAGCAGAGAUAUGAUUAUCUAAAGCCGAUUGCUGCGGAAGAGAGGCAGGUGGAAGGGGAGGAAAAGAAACAGAGGGAAGAACAAGAGAGAAUCUACAAACAGCUGGCUGAAGAGAGAAACAAAGCAAAGCAUAAACUCUUCUGUCCUGAAGAAUUUAGUGGGUCAGAAAAUAUAAAGUUACAGCCUUACCUCUCUGACUGUUACGAAGCACUGACACUGGAGACGACUUCCGUAAAUGUUAAGUAAAUGUCUCCUUACAGAAAAAUUCACCAUAUCGACAAUUAUAUAUUUGUAAAAUCUGUUUAUGUGGGGCAUCUACCAUACAAGUCCCUGUUAAUCGUUACUGUAGAAAUGAAAAAUGAAAUGUAUAGUUUAAACAGGUACAUAGAGAACAUCAGAGGCAUUAAAUUUAUUAUAUUCUCUAUAUUAUUAUAUGCACGGAAUAGAUAGUUUACUCUUCUAACCUUGCUACUGGUCCAUGUAUCAGAAACAAUUAGCACACAGAAAAACCUUAUUUUAAUGAUCAUUUCCAUCACAUUCAUGUGAUGUCAUUUGCACAAUAUUUAUUUGUAAACUAAACAUGCAAUUUAUUGGAUUACACAUCGUCUCAGAUACGCCCGUUUAAAGUGGCUCAUGGUAGUGUUUAAUGUUUGAGCUUGAACUGAGCCGUAAUAGCAGUAUGGCCACUCAGUUUUAACACAAUGAGUCUGGGCCAGGUUUUUUUUUUAACAACACAGGAAGGGAUAAAUCUAUACCAGCACAUAACAUACAGUGAUGUAACAUCUUGAUAGCAGGUAGAUUUUUAAUAUAAUUGGUUAAAAUUG